GCGUGACGUAUAAUCUAGUGGACGGUUCUUCAGAAACAGCUCGUCAACCACCUCGGUAGCUUGCUAGACAACAUAGCGGAUAGAUUCAAGUUAUUUCUACGCUUUCUAAGUAUAUUAGCUACUGUGUUUUAGACACAGUUCUGUCGUAUCUACUUGUUAACCUAUUUAAUUUAAUAUUUCGUUCUUCUUUAUUCGUCAGCUAUAGUAGCUGGCUGGUUAAGUUAGCACUAGCCUAGUCGCUAAUUAUAGCUAGCUAGUUAACAUCCCGGACCAUGAGCUCCCUAAACUACUCUCCUCCUGUUAAAGAAGAGGAGAUCUGCUGGACGGAGAAAGAAGCUCUGGGGCUGUACAUUGUCGUGAAAGAGGAGAAGGAAGAGGAGGAUGUUACAGUUAAACAAGAAGUAGAGGGUGAGGCUGUUACAGUGAAAGAAGAAGAGGAAGACGUUUCAGUGAAAGAUGAGGAAGACGUUUCAGUGAAAGAAGAGGAAGACGUUUCAGUGAAAGAAGAGGAAGACGAGUUCAGAGUGAAAGAGGAGGAGGAAGAGAAAGAUGAUGAUGCAGUUUUUGGAGUGAAGAAGGAAGGGGAGAUUACUGUCACAUUGAAAGAUGAAGAGGUGGAGAUAGGAGAUCUGAUUAACACCAGAGAGAAACCAGACUCUCACUCUGACAGCGGGAAGAGUCCUUCAGGGGAACCAGACCCAGAGACGCCCAAACCAGCCAGACAACACCACUGCUCCCACUGUGAAAAGAGUUUUUGCUGGUUAGGGAACCUAAAACUGCAUGAGAGGACACACACAGGAGAAAAGCCUUUCCAAUGCUCCCAGUGUGGAAAGAGUUUUGCUGUGUUAGCUAACCUGAAAAGACACGAGAGAAUACACACAGGAGAAAAGCCUUAUCACUGUUCCCAAUGUGGAAUGAGUUUUAAUCAGGAUGGGGACCUAAAAGCUCAUAAGAGGAAACACACAGGAGAAAAGCCUUUCCAAUGUUCCCAGUGUGGAAAGAGUUUUACUAAGAUAGGGCAAUUAAAAGAACAUGAGAGAAUACAUAAAGGAGAAAAGCCAUUCCAAUGUUCCCAUUGUGGAAAGAGUUUUACUCGGAUAGGAAACCUAAAAAAGCAUGCGAGACUACACACAGGAGAAAAGCCUUACCAAUGCCCCCAGUGUGGAAAGAGUUUUGCCGUGUUAGCUAACCUGAAAAGGCAUGAGAGAAUACACACAGGAGAAAAGCCUCAUCACUGUUCCCACUGUGGAAUGAGUUUUACUCAGUUAUGGGACCUUCAAGCUCAUGAGAGGAUACACACAGGAGAAAAGCCUUUCCAAUGUUCCCAGUGUGGAAAGAGUUUUACUCAGAUAGGGCACCUGAAAGCUCACGAGAGGAUACACACAGGAGAAAAGCCUUACCAAUGUUCCCAGUGUGAAAAGAGUUUUACCAUGUUAACUAACCUGAAAAGGCAUGAGAGAAUACAUAGAGGAGAAAAGCAUUUUCUGCUCCCAGUGUAAAAAUAGAUUCUCACGAAUGGCAGAACUUAAAGCUCAGAGGAUACAGAAGAGAAAACCCUUUCCAAUGCUCCCAGUCUGGAAAGAGUUUUACCUGGUCAAGUAGCCUGAAGGAGUAUAAGAGGAUAAACACAGGAAAAGUCCUACCACUGCUGUCUGUGUGGAAGAACAUUCAGAGAACCUGAAAUCAAAUGAGAGAAUAGAAAGAGUGUAUUCUGACUUAUAUUUUUGACUGAGAAUUUGUGUUUUUGUUUAGGCCACAUGAAAUCACAUUGUGUAUGGUUACACCUGCCUAUAUAAGGUCUCACAGUUGACAAUGCAUGUCAGAUCAAACACCAAGCAAUGAGGUCAAAUAAAUUGUCCUUAGAGCUCCGAGACAGGAUUGUGUCGAGGCACCGAUCUGGGGAAUGGUACCAAAAAAAAGACGUUUGGAAGACUCUUCCUAGAACUGGCCACCCGGCCAGACUGCGCAAACGGAGGAGAAGGGCCUUUGUCAGGGAGGUGACCAAGAACCCGAUGUUCACUCUGACAGUUCUAGAGUUACUCUGUAGGGAUGGGAGAACCUUCCAGAAGGACAACCAUCUCUGCAGCACUCCACCAAUCAGGCCUUUGUGGUAGAGUGGCCAGACGGAGGCCACUCCUCAGUAAAAGGCACAUUACAGCCCGCUUAGUUUGCCAAAAGGCACCUAAAGACUCUCAGACCAUGAGAAACAAGAUUCUCUGGUCUGAUGAAACCAAGAUUGAACUCUUUGGCCUGAAUGCCUUUCGGCAACCUCCAAGCUGGCAGUCAUGUGCCUUUUACUGUGGAGUGGAUUCUGUCUGCCCACUCUUCCAUAAAGUCCUGAUCGGUGGAGUGCUGCUGAGAUUGUUGUCCUUCCGGGAAGGUUCUCCCAUCUCCACAGAGGAAAUCUGUAGCUCUGUCAGGGUGACCAUCGGGUUCUUGUUCCCUUCACCGAUGAAGGCCUUUCUCCCCCGAUUUCUUAGUUUGGCCGGGUGGCCAGCUCUUGGAAGAGUCUUGGUGGUUCCAAACUUCCUCCAAUUAAGAAUUAUGGAGGCCACUGUGUUCUUGGGGACCUUCAAUGCUGCAGAAAUGUUUUGGUACCCUUCCCCAGAUCUGUGCCUUGACACAAUCCUGUCUCAGAGCUCAACGGAUAAUUUAUUUUGACCUCAUGGCUUGGUUUUUGCUCUGACAUCCACUGUUACCUGUGGGAGCUUAUAUAGACAGGUGUGUGCCUUUCCAAAUCACGUCCAAUCAAUUGAAUUUACCACAGGUGGACUCCAAACAAGUUGAAGAAACAUCUCAAGGAUGAUCAAUGGAAUCAGGAUGCAUCUGAGCUCCAUUUCGAGUCUCAUAGUAAAGGGUCUGAAUACUUAAGUUAAUAAAUGUGCAAAAAUGUCUAAAAA